AUGCGAGCUGUGCUCUCUGGCCCCGUUGUUUAUUUGCAAAUCACCUGGUCAGCGGGAUGUGGACCCCCCGACACCGCCGAGAUCGCUACCGUUUCACAAAACGGUCCAGAGAAUGGGUUUUUUCUUCUCCAUAUCUGCGAGCCUGAAGUGUCUGUGCACAACAGUGCGUACCUCGAGUGUCAUCACAAUUCAUCUGAAGAGUAUGUGCAGAGUCGCCUCAGUCGUGCAUACUCACCACUCUAUUCAACCUCUACUUCCUUCGGGGCAGAAAGAGCUGUCGCGACCAGCUGGAUGAAUCUCUGCCAGUCGGCGUGUCCAAUGUUUCAACGGUUGAUCUGCUCGUUCUAG